GCAUACGAGAGCUGCCUGGACAGGCAGGUUCAGCAGGGGGAGGAGGUGCUGUCCGAGCAGCUGGAGCAGGACAACAGCUUCGUCCAGUCCGUGGCCGAGCAGCUGAAGGAGCAGUACGCGGCCGAGGUGGACUUCCGCACGAAGGAGCAGCUGCUGCGGCUCCGGCAGCGCUACAGCGAGCAGCUGCAGAGCCUGCGCCAGGCGGCCCACCGGGAACGGGCCGCGCUGUCGCUGCAGGCGAACGCUCUAGCCACCGAGCACAGCAGGAGGCAGGCGCAGGACGACAUCAACCAGAUCCGCUACGAGAUGGCGCAGAAGCUCCAUCCGAGUCGUCUCCCGCGGCGGUGA